CCAGGUUUUUAGUUUUAGCCUUUGCCAUGGUCCUUGCGAUUUCCACCAUUUCCGAGCAAGUUCAGAAGGUCAGCGGUUGGUGUUCCCGGAGUUCUCGGCGGACUUCCCACCGCGAAAUCGCUCGAGAGCUUUCCGCGGGCGAGGAGGAGGGCACAGUUUUAGUCGAAGGGGAAGCGGGCUCCACAAGUUCCAGAUAUGUUGCUGCACCUGCUCUUCUCUCUCUGAGCCUUUUGGGCUUGGCCACCUGGUUCUUGACGACGAGGUACUUUGGUGCCUCCCCUUCCAGAGUAAGGCCAGCAGAUGAAGUGGAUGAAUGGGGUGUUGGAGGUGGCUGGAAGCAGCAACAGGUGAAAGGCAUCAUUCAACAGCAUGGCAUGUACGGUGUGAGUCUGGGUGGUUGGCUUUGUCUCGAGGACUGGCUCAACUCUGGCCGACAUGGAAGUGAGGUAUCCACCGUGUCACCACCUGGGCAGGGUCAGUGCUUGCCUCCACUGCUGAAGCAUGUGCCAAACUGGUCAUCUGAAGGGCUGCUGGUGAAGGAACUCAUGGACAGCUAUGGUAAGGACUAUGCUAUCAAGGCAAUUUCCGCAUAUAGAGCUUCUUUCGUUUCAGAGAAGGACCUUGAUGAAAUCGCCGCCAAUGGUUUGAAAUGGGUGAGAUUGCCAUUGUCCUGGGUGACAUUUGCAGAUGCCUUGGCCAAGAUCUACCCAGCGACCUACGGCCAGCACGACCCAAUGAAUGACAUGGUCAUAGUGCCGGAUCCUUUCUGGAAGGAGCAUGCCUUCUUCGUCACGGUGCCUCGGAAGAUUUUGCUGGACUUCAUCCACAAGGCUCAAAAGAGAGGUUUGAAGGUUCUCUUGGACAUCCACAACUCUCCAGGUGGAUCCCAACGGGGAACCUACAACGGAAUUUGGCCUCUGGAGCCCAUGUUUUGGAAGGCGAAGACGAACUUAAGCCCAAGGGUGCCAUUGACCAAGCUUGGCCUCUUGAUUGCCGAAGAGAUGAUUCAUUGGAUCGAGGGCUUGGAGCCUGAGCUACGCAGCGCAAUCAUGGGAGUUUGCUUAAUGAAUGAGCCCGGCCAUAUGAAUGCCCUUUCGCACCCCUUCGCCGACGAGGGCCACAUCCUUUCCUGGCUGGCCAUCGCUGCCGACAUCUAUCGAAAGUCCACUUUGCCCAGGCAGAAUAUCAAGUUGUACAUGAGCCUCAUCCACACGGCCUUCAAGAAUGAAGCGCAGAUGGCGAUACCUUGGUACCAUCGGACCUUUUCCCUGGAGGAGAGAAAAACUUGGCUGGUGGCCGAACUCCAUUACUACCAGGCCUGGAACGGAGAUUGCGAUGGCAGCACCAAGUGGGGCGCCAGCUCGUACCAGUGUGGUGAAGCCCGCAGCAAAGGCAUUGCAGCAGGUUGUGCGUAUGGAGCUGCAUCAAGUUUCCGGCAGCAGUGGGGACCAGAGACACAGAUCGCCGUGAACGAGUUUUCUUUGGCCACCUUUUCGGAGAUCGACUUUGCCUGCAAGGAUCGUGAAUUUCUUGUUUACCUGCUCAGCGUGCAGCUAGGAGCAUUUCAGAAAGAGGGUUUCCAGACGUAAUUUUGGACUUGGAAAACGUCCUUGGCCUAUGACUUUGAGCCUGGAUGGAGCUUGAAAUGGCUGUUGGGUUUAGAAGUUAAAGAUUCGAAGAUGUGGUGCGGUUCCACGGUAACAACGUAGAGUCGGCAAUGGCCACAGCGACAUUCGGAAAGCCAUCAGCUGAGUUCCCAUUUGUG